AUGAUUACCUAUUUCUGGCUCUUCCUGGUUACGUUCAGUGUCACGAUAUUUUUCAACAGAAACCACACGGGACUGAAGUGGAGUCCAUGUACUCUGGCUGCUCAGGUAUCAUUGAUUCAAAGCUCUAAUAUUCUUGACGAGCUUGCGAAUAUUCCUACAGAUUCGCUGAACGAUGCCGUCAGAUCCUGGCCGAAAAAAGGAUUGCGACUACAUCUGGGAUACUGGAAAAAGGAGAACAGCAAUCUCGUCAUUUACGGGGUGAGAUUUCUUCAAACAAACGACACCCACACAACCAGCGACUUGGACCCCGAACGUGGAAUUCGAAAUUUCGACACUAGGGUUCCAUAUAACACGUAUUAG